AUGCUUAGGCAGCUCCUGCUGACUGACUCUCUUUGUUUGCUCUGCCUUCUGGCUUGGAGAGUAAAGAGUAAUCUUGAGCUAGGCUCCGUAUCUACUCUGUACGUACCACCCAAGCAAGGGAUUGAAACACAAUCCAUGCCUGUGGACCAAAACCUGCCGACACUGGUCGACGAGGGAGUUGUCUGGACAAGCGCCCAUCUGCCUGUCUCUCCAUUCAACACCCCGGACUCUCUACUUGAAACAUGGGGUUCAUGUACGGAGUAUAACACGAUCCGGCAACUUGACCCUUCAUUCAAAUGA